AUGACGGAGGGAGGGGUGGGCUACGUUGGCUUGUGUGUGUGUGGACUGGGCGGUGGCGCCGAGUCUGGCACGUCCUGCGUGUACACAUCAAGCCACCGGUCGAGGACGAAACGCCAAUUUCUCUGCCUCGAAGCGAAGAUCUCCCUGGGUGGGCUUGUGGGCUGGCUGCAGAACCCCUCGCCAAAUCCGAUCUCAAAGCUUGUCGUCAUCACCCACCAAUCUCGAGAUGCUGCCGCCGUGUACUGCUCAAGUGUAAUGGAGAGAGCCCAACCGAGGCGGAAAAGGCCUCUGCUCGCACCUACACUCCCUCUCUGCGAGUGGGCUCCUGCUGACCAUGAAAUGAUGACGGAUUGCCGACGUUCAGGUAGACUUCGCGACCAGGUUCAAAGGAAGUGCUGGAAAGAGGGCUGCAUAUGUAUCGCCGGAUUCACUGCUAAAAUGCUGGAAGAGUGCUGUACUCCGAACUCUAUCCCUCACGAGCAGACGGCUAGACCGCCGGGCGCGUCACAAGUCGUCCCUACCAUCAUCAAUACAUGUACACAUGCCUUAUGCGUCGUGAAACCGCAUAUGCAUCACCGCGUCAAGCCCAUUAUCCCGAUGCUCACGGCGUUGGACGAGUAG